AUGCUCAUUGCCGUACUGGUGCCGACGGCGCUAGCGCCUGAAGCGGCUGUGCUGACAAUGCCAGGAAACAACGAUGGCGGCGGCGGCGGCGAACCACCGUACCUGCCUGUCGUACUCAUCACAUGCGUGCGUGUCGGCGGGAAGCGCUUUUGCACCGGCGUCAUCAUGUGCGGUGGCCGCAGCGGCGCGGGCGCUGGCACUGGCGGCGGCGGCGGCGGCGGGCCUCCCGGCGGCGGCGGCGGCACCGGCGGCGGCGGCAGCACCGCCGCGACGCAGCCCCUGACCGUCACGUGCUUCACUCCAGGGAGGGCCCUCAGCACGCUUCCUGAUCGCCGUAUGAGACCCCAAUCUGCAUUUGUACCUCGCCAAAGUUACUUCAAGCAUAAAGGCGAGGAGGACGACGUCGGCCGAUCAGUAUUACAGCAUAAACCUCUAGCGAAGGGCGAAUUUACCCAGCUCUCGCUCGCAAAAGUUUUCGAUGAUGACCCGGGGAUGCGGCCCAAGGUUUUCACCCCUCUCACAGUUAACAAAAUCAGCUAUGGGCUUCUGAGCCGUGAUAUCGACGGUGCUUCGUCCGCGGCCAAAGGUGCUCCCUUCCGCGCGCGAGACACGGACCCAAACACCCCCAGGUACAUUUUGCCGGGGGCUUCGACACCGGCGACGGAGGCGGCGGCGGCGGCGACGGAGGCGGCGGCGACGGCGGCGGCGGACGGCGUCGCCGACGCCCCGUCCACACUCGCCACACCCCGCCAGCAACCCCGAGCUCCCCUACAGCUCCCUCAGCGAAACACACGUGACACGCUCGAUGUGUACGACAUCAACCGAGUGGAUUCGGUUUCGGAGCGCCCUGAGAAGAUGGAGACGCGCCAUACCCUCCUGAGCACUCGUGAUGUGGAGGGAAGCUGGCCAGGAUGGGAGCCGCCGUUCCGGGCGCAUGUGGGAAAGAACCUUCGAGAUCCUGGACUAGACGUCAGCGAUAUCAGCGGGACGCGCUCCCGGCGUCGGAUAUUCUCAGCGCGACCCACUCUCGGCAGUAGCAGCCGCGGCGGUGGCUCCGCUACAGCCCGGGACCCGCCGCGUCCGCCGCAGGAGCUACCGCCGCCGCCGCCGGAGGCGGCGGCGGCGACAUGGGGAACAAAGCAGCCCUCGGACCAGCUACAGCUACAGCCACAGCGGUGUAGCUCCUUAGCGUCGGGGGGCCGGCAGCAGCAGGAGCAGCAACAGCCUCAAAGCUACCUGCCACCGCCGCUGACAUGGCAGCCCGUACAGUACGACACGGGAGGCCAGCAGUGGUCGAGCGAGGGGUCGUCGAAUGGCAGCAAUGGCACGACGCGACGCUACAGCCAUCCUGUACGACAACAGCAACAACAGCAGCAAUCAUCGCCGCUGCCGCAGCAGCAGCAGCAGCAGCGGGAAGAGGAGCAGUUCGUACACGCCGCCGGCGCAUGGCCCACGACAGUGACGCUUCCGCUGCGUCCCUCGAUAUCUCCGCCGCCGUUUGCGACGUAUAUCCCUACCGGCAGCGUCGCGGCGGUGUUGUCGGCGGCGCUUGAUCCGUCGACGGCGAGCCGUACGGCAGCGGUGGCGGACCACCCUGCCGCCACCGUCGGCAAGCCGUCGCCAGCGAAGCGAGACGUAGCCGCGCGCCAUGCCGCCAAGGUAACUCUUGCUGAGGUGCAGCGGGCGGAUGCGGCGGAGGCACAUCGCAUGAUCUGUUCCUUGCUGCCCAGCCGAGAGGCCGUGGAGGAGUUCUACUCUAGCUGCCGCCGACUCGACAGGGAGUCUUGUGGAAAGGUGGCGCCCACAGAUUUCGUACAUGCCCUGGAGCGUGCGAACCUUCUAGAUGCAUUGGUGCCGGGUACGGCGUCGGCGGAGCUGUCGGCCGCGGCGGCGAAGGCGCUGACGCGCGGCUUCCAGGAUGGCUGUGGGAUGGUGUCGUACAGGUACCUUGCAAAAGCGUUGCUGAGUCAGACGUCGAUGAGUCAGACGCGGCUGUCGUCAUCAUCGAAGGUGACGGCGGCGCCGGCGGUGCUGACGUCAGCAUCGACAUCAGCACUGGCUGGACCGGCGGAAUCGCCGGCGACAGCCGUCGAUGUACGAACACCUCAGCAGACGUUGGCCCCAGCGGUCACCUCCGCAGCCGGAGCUGUACGGCAACCCGUAAGGCCCUCAGGACCGUUCUCGGAGGUGUCAGAUGGCAAUAUUAGAGCAGCAUGUCCGGGACCUGCUGAAGGCGUUUCUGACGGUGCCGCCGCCGCCGCCGCCGACAGCGCGGACGGCAGCGGCGAAGCCCCGUGUCACGCCGCGGCAAAGGCAACCGCCGCCGCCGCCGCCGCCGCCGCCGCCAGCUCCCAGGCACAGGACCAGGGCCCGCCGAAGGCGGGCUCUCCGCCGUCGCAGCCGCCGGCGGCCGCGUCAGAGUCGUACGACGGCAUGGGUUUUGGCCCGCACUGGCCGCCGGAGCCGCCGACUAGCAACCUCCAGAAACGCUCCACCGCCGCCAUCAUGGAGGGCUCCAAUGUGCAGCUCCGUGACGUAUGCGAUGUGUCGUACUUUCCGUACAAGGCCCAUGCGUUGUGGUUUGGCGGCCGCGUCGGGUCCGACGGCGCAGCCGCCGCCGGAGGCCCUACGGCGGCUGCUCGGGAGUACCAGCCCAGCACAGACCCGACAUCCUUCAUUGUGGGUAAAGGUCACCACCGCGGCCACAUACCCCCCUCCGGGCGAAAACUGGAGCCGGAGGUGGAGGCGGCACUUGUCGUGAAGCUCAGGCCGAAGUCCUCGCUGGGUGGGAGCCCGGAAGCUACAGCCCGGGCGAAAACGGCGUCUCCUGUUGUCAACCAGCUCAACGAGGACAACCCGCUCCAGUACCCGGGCCGUGUGGAUCCCGCCACCCCGGCGGGGGAAGCGCUCAAGGAGAUGAUGGGGCCGCUCUACUCAACCGGGCGACAUGGCGGCGGAGGCGGUAGCGGCAGUAGCAGCAGCUCCCGCGGUGCCGUACGUCCCGCGACGGCGGGCCCCCGGCGCAGCUGGCAGCACUCCAGGCCGGCCAGCGUGUCUCGAUCUAUGUCGGUGUUUUCGGGUGGCGGCGGAGGCGGAGGCGGUGGUGGUGGUGCCGGUGCCGGCGGUGGUGGUGGUGGUGCCGGUGGUGGUGGUGGUGGUGGUGGUGGCAAUGCUGCCGCCGGCGCCGCCGCGGUUCAUGUCGGCCGCGUGGCAUUGGAGCGUCAGAUACAGCGGGAAGAGCUGGCGGCUGUACGGCGGCUCUGCUGA